CCAGCUGACGUUCUUCUGAAAGUCCCCUCCUCCAUAUGCAGUGUGUUACAUCAUGUCCAAAGCAUCUGGAGCGAGUAUGUCAAAACAGGGCGGAUACUCGUGCGGAGGAGACGCAGGAUAUCGGCUACAGAGCUUUGUUUUUGAGCGUUAUUCACAUACGCACAAACUUGCAGAGGGCAGAUGGGGUCUGGUGUCGCACGUGAGCGAGACCUGCGUCACAGCUGCGUGGUGCAUCCGCUCUGGCUGGCAACCUGCCUGCUCUCUCUCUCCCUUGUCCUUACUGUGAAACCUGCUGUGAAGAAAGAACACAACUUCACCAUUCACUCGUCUCAGCUGGUAUGCAGUUUGCCCGGGCCUCCAGGAGCACCGGGCAGUCCGGGGCCUGCGGGGCCCAGCGGGGGGGCAGGACGAAUGGGUUCACCAGGCUCUGACGGACAGGACGGCAAGGACGGGGACAAGGGGGAUAAUGGCGAGAAAGGGGAACCAGGUCGCACAGGGAAUCCUGGCAAACCAGGACUGAAGGGUCGCCAAGGAGUUGUAGGGAGGGCAGGUCCGAGAGGUCUGAAGGGGGUACAGGGGGCACCUGGUGUGCGUGGCCCCAGCGGGCUGAAGGGUGAAAUGGGAGAUCUGGGUAAAGCUGGCCUCCCCGGCGGAUGUGACUGCGGGACUCAGGCGCGCUCAGCCUUCUCCGUCGCUGUUAGCAAGAGUUAUCCAAAAGAGCGCACACCCAUCCGCUUCGAUCGCAUCCUGAUGAACGAAGGUGGACAUUACAACACCAGCAGCGGAAAGUUCACCUGCGCUGUCCCGGGUGUGUACUACUUCAGCUACGACAUCACGCUGGCUAACAAGCACCUGGCGAUCGGGCUCGUCCACAACGGCCAGUACAAGAUCAAGACGUUCGACGCAAACACUGGGAACCAUGACAUAGCUUCAGGCUCCACUGUACUCCGGCUCAAGGAAAGAGACCAAGUGUGGCUUCAGAUCUUCUACGCCGAGCAGAAUGGCUUGUUCUUCGAUCCGUUCUGGACCGACAGCCUGUUCACAGGAUUCCUUAUCUAUGCAGACCAGAUUCCUCAGAGGAACAUCACGUCUGCUGGCUCUGGGUCUUCCUGAUGAACAGAAACGAAAAGAAAUACGUCUGCACCUGGUCAUUUUUAAGCUCUGACUUUUUUUAUACACGCUUUUUUCUUUAUAGCAUUAUUGUCAGAGAGCCACUAUUCACCCGCCGUUUUCAGGGAUGUGCGACGUAAAACGUUUAUUCUUUUACUAAGGAAUGAUUCUGUUAUUCUAAGAUGAAAGCCAUUGUGUCCUUUUGUAAUUACGAAUAUGUUUUCACACCAAAUUCUGUGUAGUUCUUCACUUCUUGUUCAUCCUUGUUUGGAUCCAAAGCUCUUCAGACGUUUAUAUUUCAUGAUGAUAAACCCAAACACCAUCAGAUUCCCUUACAUGUUAAAAACCUCCCAUAGGGUCAAGUGGGGGCAGAACCAAACUAAUUACACCAAUCAGCCACCACAUUAAAACCACUUAUGUGCUGGAAGCAGAGAAAUGCGAAAGUGUAAAGAUCUGUAAAGAACUUUGACAAGGGAAAAAUUGUGAUGGCUAGACGAUCGGAUCGGAUCCAGAUCGGCAAAACUCCGGGUAUUAGGUUUUCCCAGGAUAAAGCAGUUACUGCCAACCAGAGAUUGGGGACUCGAGUCAUAUGACUUGACUCGAGUCUGACUUAAGUCGCAAAUUUGAGACUUGAGACUUGCUUGACAAAAAAAGACUCGACUUGACUUUGACUUGACAUUCAUGACUUGAGACUUGACUCGGACUUGAGUUAAAUGAUUCAGAGAUGGGGGACUCGAUUUGACUCGAGUCAGACUUAAGUCGCAAAUUUGACACUUGAGACUUUCUUGACAAAUAUUAAAAAAGACUCGACUUGACUUUGACUUGACAUUCAUGACUUGAGACUUACUUGCGACUUGCACACGUGUGACUUACUCCCACCUCUGCUGCCAACCAAAAGAGGUCUAACCAGUAAAGAACAACCGGUAAACCAGUGACAGGUCUUGUGGAGUCCAGGCCUCGAUGAAUCAGAGCUGUACAAUAUUAGGGAGGUGGUUUUAAUCUUACAGCUGAUUGAUGUAUAUCAGCAACAGAUGUUUAUCUUUAUAAACUCCUCAUUUACAACUUGUUUUAAAUUCAUUUCUGUUGCCUGAUUUAGCACCACUGGGUUAUUAUUGCACCUAGUGGCCAGAAACAGGAACAACAAGCCCUAGUAGAUGUCCACUGGGACCAAGUCACACAUGCUCACUCUGUUGAUAUUCACCAGAGGAUUAGCAGACAAGACAGCUUCGCUUCGUUGGACGUGGAAGUUUAAAAAUACUCUGUGGUCACCAAGAUCAUGUUUUAUAGCAAAUAAUCAAUA